GAGUUGGAACCAGAAGUUACUAACAGAUGGGAAGGUUCCAGAAGUUACUAACAGAUGGGAAUGUUCUAGCCAUCUGUGCAUGAGAGAUAAACCUUCCUAGCCCUGAGGAGCAGCUGGCUGUAUCAGAAUUGCUGUUAAAAGUCUUACCAGGCCCAUGCUAAUCCAUGCUGAUGCUUGGGCACUAUGUUGGGAGAAUGCUCUUCAGCAAAACUCAGCGUGUGCAUGUUGGAACAGGGAGGCUCACAGUUUCCAAAGCAGCUACAGAAGUAAUCUUAAAUGUCCCUGAAACUAGGGUGAGUCCUUUGGAAAAUGGCUUGCAAGUAGCUUCUGAAGACUCUGGACUCUCAACAUGCACAGUUGGGCUUUGGAUUGAUGCUGGAAGCAGGUAUGAAAAUGAGAAGAACAAUGGAACUGCUCACUUUCUCGAGCAUAUGGCUUUCAAGGGAACUAAAAAGAGAUCUCAGUUAGACCUUGAACUGGAGAUUGAGAACAUGGGUGCUCAUCUGAAUGCGUACACAUCCAGGGAACAAACUGUGUAUUAUGCAAAGGCUUUUUCAAAAGAUUUACCAAGAGCUGUGGAAAUUCUUGCUGACAUAAUUCAGAACAGUACCCUGGGAGAGGCAGAGAUUGAGCGUGAGCGAGGAGUUAUACUUCGAGAGAUGCAGGAGGUUGAAACCAAUUUGCAAGAAGUUGUCUUUGAUUACCUUCAUGCCACAGCCUACCAGAAUACAGCCCUAGGACGGACAAUUUUAGGACCCACUGAAAAUAUCAAAUCCAUAAAUCGUAAUGACUUGGUGGAGUACAUAACAACACAUUACAAAGGACCCAGAAUGGUCUUGGCUGCUGCUGGAGGGGUCUCUCAUGACGAACUGUUUGACCUGGCGAAGUGCCAUUUUGGUAACUUGCCAUCUGCUCCAGAAGGAGGACUGCCACCCCUGCCACCUUGUAGCUUCACAGGUAGUGAGAUUCGGAUAAGGGAUGACAAGAUGCCCCUGGCACACCUGGCCAUUGCUGUGGAAGCUGCCGGCUGGUCAGACCCAGAUACAAUCCCACUCAUGGUAGCCAAUACUCUGCUAGGGAACUGGGAUCGGUCCUUUGGAGGAGGAGUGCAGAGUUUGUCCAGUAAACUUGCUCAGAUUGCCUGCCAUGGUAACCUGUGUCACAGUUUCCAGUCCUUCAAUACCUGCUACACUGACACAGGGCUGUGGGGACUCUAUAUGGUCUGUGAGCCAUCCACUAUUGAGGACAUGGUGCACUUUGUUCAGAGAGAAUGGAUAAGACUUUGCACAAGUGUUACAGAAAAUGAAGUAGCUCGAGCAAAAAAUCUUCUAAAGACAAAUAUGCUGCUACAACUUGAUGGGUCCACACCAAUCUGUGAAGACAUUGGAAGACAAAUGCUAUGUUAUAAGCGCCGAAUCCCAAUUCCUGAACUUGAGGCAAGAAUUGAAGCUAUUGAUGCUCAGACUAUUAGAGAAAUCUGCACAAAGUACAUCUGUGACAAGCAUCCUGCAGUUGCUGCCGUGGGUCCAAUUGAACAACUUCCAGAGUAUAGCAAAAUCUGCAGUGGCAUGAAUUUGCUUCGUGAGUAGUGAAUAACAAGAACUUCCAGCUUAUUUUAGCUUUAAAAAACCAGGAAAACAACAAAAAACAUGCAACAAACCAACGACACCCCUGUUUAAAACUUUGGAGUUGCUUUUGAGAAGAUUAAAACUCAAGAACCAGC